UAUCAAAGCUAUAUGAUAAGUUUAACAAUUUAGUGGGCGCUUCUUACUUCAUUUUCUCACAACAUUGGUCCUCAACCAUCACACGAUCUGAGGGUCAGAGAUACAAAACAUUUCUGGAUAAGUAAGGAAUAGGUGUAGUUGUAAGAAUUGACCAUGGUCAAUGUACACGAGGUUCUUGUGCUCCUUACUUCAAUAUCAAUUCCUUACCAGUCCCUUGUGGAAUCAUGCGAUGCGAGCAAAUUUGUUAAAACUGAGGGCAUGGAACUACCGAACAAAGUUGGUCUAACAAUUCAAAGAUUKCUUGUACAGCUCUGCUGGGGAGAGUGCAUGUCGUUGYCAUGGUGCCUGUCAAUCAACGUUCGUAAUAUUUCGGAAAAUGUUUGCGAAUGUGAUCUAAAUAAAUCCAACAAGGAAGCGGCGGUUGAACUGGUGCCUAGGACCAAUUCAGACUAUUAUGAAGUGGUGAUCCCUGGCGAGAAGAUCUGCAAAAUGUACAGGUGCAAGAGGACGCAAGCUCCAUCAAAGCCAACAACUCAUCCAGUUACCACUGAAGCUCAAAUAACUCAGUCAAAUACAACUAAACCUCAACCAACAACUCGGCCACAAACCACCUCACCUCAACCAACAACUCAGCCACAAACCACUACACCCCAACCAGUAACUCAGCCACAAACCACUACACYCCAACCAACAACUCAGCCACAAACCACUACACCCCAACCAGUAACUCAGCUACAAACCACUACACCUCAACCAACUCCAGCAUCAGAGUGCCAACUUGAUUUCCCAAGGGCUUCAACGCUUGACUAUGUAGAAAUAACUUUACCAUUUUCAGGGCAGGAAAUCGAAAAGUUUAGUUUUAGCUUUUGGUUGAAAGUCCCGGCAUCAUAUCAAGGCGUUCUCCAAAUAUUUUCUUACAAGUCAAAUGACGAAUCCUCUGAGAUAAAAUUGGGGUUUAAAGAAGAUGGAACAGCGGAAAUCGGAAUUAAUGGUGAUGUAAAUGCUCUGAUGUCAGAUUUAAAGAGAGAUGAUAAAUGGCAGCAUAUGAUCAUGGCUUGGAGGAGUCGUGAUGGAAGAGUCAAAAUUUUCAAAAAUGGGGUGAAAAUCUCAUUUAAAGAAGAUUUUCAAGAAGACAAAACCAUCAAGAUCGGUGGAAUAAUGUUUUUGGGUCAGAAGCAUAAAAUUGAAGGGUUUGACAGCAAUAGCGUCAUCAGGGGAAGUAUUGCAGACAUUGAAAUGUGGAAUGAAGGAGCGAUUGAUACUUCUAAUGAAGCAACCAAAAUCUACAAUCACAAUUGUCAUUCUGCCAUUAAUUAUAAACCAGGGGACAUUCUUUCCUGGGAAACGAUCUUGAACUCAUCUAUCAACGGAAAUGUUAAAAAAACCUGCCCUACCACGUGCGCUUAAACCUUUUAAAGGCCCAGUUUUCACCAUUAUGCUUUGCGCGCCUCUGUUAUUGUUGUG